CUCUACUCAUAGUACCAUCAAAGUGAAUUAAAAGGUUCCAUACCCAGUCCUCAUGCAAAUUGGAGUAGCAUGGGUGAAUACGUAGCAAUGGAUUAUUUCCAAACUCCGAAGACGACCGGAGUUUUAGUUGCCUAGAAAGUUAUGCGUAUAUAAAUCUGUAAACAAAGGAAUCAAACAGUUCCAAGACGGUGUACUUGAUGCUGUUAUGGGCAAAACUUCGCGAAACACGCAGUCUCACAGAUGAACUCAAGAUUACCUAAGAGACUUGGUCGAUAUCUGAAAUGUCAGAGGGAACGUCCUGGAGUUUCUAGCUUUCAAUUACCGUGUCUCGCAUUGGGAAAUCUCUCCACUUCCAUCCGGACCGUCUCGUUGGAUUAGUGGAUGGUAUAACAGAGACCAGCCGAGCUCACCCCAAACUUUAAACUCCAACAUAGUCACCCCUACAUUCUUAUUCGAAAGGACGAGGUAUAAACUCUCCAAAUCGCAAUAUACUACCGCUUCAGCCGUAACACCCGGGAUUCACCAGACCUUACGCCGCUUCAGACAACAAGAUAGAAGAACCUCCUCUGGAGAACUACAACUAGGCACCAUGGAGAAAAAUAUGAGCUUUCUUGACAUAGUAAAGGAGGGUGAUGCCUUCCCCUAUGAAGAGCAAGAACCAGAGGCAUACAAUGCCCUCGCCCAAACAAUCUACAAACUAGUCUGGAAAGACGACAACGGGCCCGUACUUGGAUACAUGCUAGCCUCGACGGUGAAUCGGCUCGUCGCAGUUCCAGAAUCGAUCCGUGGUCCCGUCGUGGUGAAUGAGCAGAACCAGACAGUUCGCGCCUUCGAGCAGCCCACGGAAUCUGACCGCACCGCUAUCAUUGACGCCGUGAUGCGGUACUGGCGGGAGAACGAGGUGUUCGACAUCCUGCGCGGCUGGCGUGACGAGCGCUGGCCUGUGUACGGCAGCGACACCGAGGUAGUGUAUAGCGCUGAGCGCAGUGGAACAGGCAUGCUGGGCGUCAUGCGAUACGGCGUCCAUAUGACGGGGUAUGUCCGCGAUGAGACUGCGCCUUACGGGAUGCGCAUAUGGGUGCCGCGACGGGCGCCGAACAAAUCUACAUAUCCAGGAAUGCUGGACAACACGGUGGCAGGAGGACUGAUGACGGACGAGGACCCCUUUGAGUGCAUGAUGCGGGAGGCAGACGAGGAAGCAUCGCUAUCAGAAAAGGUGAUGCGCGAGCGGGCAAAGUUCACUGGCAUGGCCACCUACAUCUACAUCACAGACGAGAGGGCGGGCGGCGAGGCCGGGCAGAUCUAUCCCGAGACGCAAUGGGUUUACGACAUUGAAUUGCCGGCAGACGAGCGACCGACGCCAAAGGACGGCGAGGUGGCCGAGUUCUAUCUAUGGACGGUCGACGAGAUGCGCGGGGAGCUCGCCAAGGGGAACUUCAAGCCCAACUGCGCCCUCAUCGUCGUCGAUUUCUUCAUCCGCCACGGCAUCAUCACGACCGCGAACGAGCCCGACUACGCCGAGAUUCUUCAGCGUCUGCACAGAAAACUGCCUUUCCCGGGACCCCAUCAAGCUUACGCGGCGUCUCUGGAGACACCUGCCGCGGCCCUCGCCGACGCUGCUGCCACGCUAGCCUCCUAGCUUGGGUCGUCAUGUUUCUCUCAUGUUCUGGGAAGCUGGCAGGCUUGUGGUUGCGUAGAUAUGUACAUUUAUGGGUGAUAUGAACAGUGUGGUGGAUGCCUAGAUUCAAAGACAGAAGAUUUUCGAGUCGGUCAUAGAUUGGCCUGCAUAUAGACAGACGCAGCAAUUGCACAUUUCACCUCCUCCUCAGGCACUGCCAUCUUCGAGGCUCUCCCAUAUUG